UUGCGAUAGUACUGUUCCACGUAGUGGCCAAUUCAUUGGUCGGAGCAGCGUUGGCGUCAUUUGAAUUAGCUCCUCAGUGCUUGUGUGGUGCCGGUAUCGGUAUUGUAGAAUUGUGGCUCGUGUGGUUUGGUACUUCGAUAAAGCUGCAAUCAUGAAGAUUAUUGCAGUUUGUGCUGUCGUUCUGGUUAUUUUUUCACUAUCUAGAAAUGCCGAUGCAAAAAAAGGCCCCAAAGUCACACAUCAAGUGUACUUUGACAUGUCCAUUGGAGGUGUUCCCGCUGGUCGCAUUGAAAUAGGUCUCUUUGGAGGCACCGUGCCCAAGACAGUAGAAAACUUCCGGCAGCUCUGUCUAAAACCCAAGGGGGAAGGCUAUGUUGGCUCUCAGUUCCAUAGGAUCAUUAAGGACUUCAUGCUGCAGGGUGGAGACUUUACCAAGGGAGAUGGUACUGGAGGCCGCAGCAUCUACGGGGACAAGUUUGCUGAUGAGAACUUCAAGCUGCAGCACUACGGGCCAGGCUGGCUCUCCAUGGCUAACGCUGGCAAGGACACCAACGGCUCCCAGUUCUUCAUCACUACCAAGAAGACGAGCUGGCUUGACGGCAGACAUGUCGUCUUCGGCAAAGUUCUCAAGGGCAUGACGGUGGUGCGUAAGAUCGAGGGUGUGAAGACGGACGGGCGCGACAGACCAGUGAGCGGCAGCGACGUGGUCGUCGACGCGUGCGGCGAGAUCGAAGUGACCGAGCCUUUCCACACUGAGGCUGAGGGCGUUUCUGAUAACGUGUAAUGUGACGUGCUGUGGUAUAACGUAAUCAUCUCUGACACUACUAACAUCUGGGUGGCGUGACGCCGUGUGUGGUGGCUCGUCCUCUGUGUGGUCUGUGGCUCGGAGAUGUUUACCGUGUUAUGCAGUGCGUUGAAGCAGUCCUAACAACGGCUGACUUUCUCGUUUUUCUAGUUUGUUUGGUGUUAGUGUAACUUGACGGGUCACCUUUUGAAGUCACGCACGUGUGCCCAGCACUGUUCCUUCUACUUGCAUAGCUUGCCCCCCAGAGCUCAGCUCGGAACAACGAUCGCCAUACGUACGCAGGUUUACUGGUAUCAUUCCACUCCUCAGCGCACACCAAAUUAGCUUAGAAUCCUGCAUAAUUAAAAAGGAUCUCAGGAAGUCUGGCAUUAUAGGGAUGAAGUAGAAUUGUAUCCGAAAUUAAUUGGGUCUCAUUUCUUACAUUCUGCAAGUUUGGCAAUUUAUGCAGUAAAGGAGAAAGUACGAAAGAUCGACCAUAAAUAUAAUUUUGGUUUCAAAUUUUUUAGUGUUAACCGUAAUGAUCUUCACCUCCACGGAUUGUCUGAGCCGUUGGAAUAUCUGAAGUGAUUGAGGAUAAGAAUUAACAUUAAAUUUUUGUUAUCGCACUGUAUUAAUGGUUUCUGAAUCUGUCAACUGUAAACCUAGGGUAUAAAACCAUGCUAACCAUUCCAUAGUGGCAAGAUGAAUUUACUGUAAUCUAUUCUUUUCGUCUCUUUAAUCGGUAUUUUGAAUACACGAUAUUUCAUAA